UGAAAAGAGGCUGGGGCUGAAGGCUUGGGUUUUGGAGAUUAAGACACUAAGAAUUUUAUUUAAGAUGAUUUGUUAUCGCUUAUGAUCAUCUCGAGUUUUCUAUGUCUUUACUGAACAUAAGUUUUUAGUAAAUCAGCGUGUGGAAGCGGUACUGUCGGUUACUGAAAUUCUAAUAGAUUGCACAUCAACUGAGGAUGAAAUAUAUAGCACCCAAGAAUGUGAAUUUCUACUCUUCUGGUUAGUCAUGUAUUCUGGGUUAGAAGAGGGGUUGUGCUUGUUAGCUUGAUUGAGAGCUUAAUUGGGAAAGGAUUGAAUUUGACCUCUGAUACUAAUAUUCGUACUCCUGAUUCCUGAACUUAAACCUGCUAAACAAACAGGAGUUUAAAGUUGCCGGCUUUUCUACAUGCAUCUGGCAUUCACCGAUUUGUGUGAUAAGAAAAGAGUCUCUUCUGGCUGCACAGAAAGAAUACUUGCAAAGAGUAAUGGAUUUGCUGUCCUUAAAGGAGCACCAUGCGCGGACCUUACUCAUUUAUUACCGUUGGGACGUUGACAGAGUUUUUAAUGUGUUUGCAGACAGAGGUAAAGCAUGGUUAUAUUCAGCAGCAGGUUUAUCAGUUAGGAGCAGCGAGGAUCUUAACUCCUCUCAGUCUUCAGACGAAGUAACCUGUCAAAUCUGCUUCGAGGAUGUCCAUGCUAAUGAGUCCACGAUAAUGGAUUGUGGCCAUUGUUUUUGCAACAACUGUUGGACAGAGCAUUUUAUUGUGAAGAUAAAUGAGGGUCAGAGUAGACGGAUUACAUGCAUGGCCCACGAGUGCUAUGCAAUUUGUGAUGAAGAAAAUGUUAGAAAUCUAGUUAGUGGAAGAGAUCCUCAUGUUGCAGAAAAGUUUGAUCGGUUUCUUUUAGAGUCAUAUAUUGAGGAUAAUAAGAAAGUAAAAUGGUGCCCUAGCGUUCCUCAUUGUGGAAAUGCAAUUCGUGUUGAGUGUGAUGAAUAUUGUGAGGUUCAAUGUGCUUGUGGUGUACAGUUCUGUUUCAGCUGCUCAUCUGAAGCUCACUCGCCUUGUUCAUGCCUGAUGUGGAAGCUUUGGACGAAAAAGUGCCAGGAUGAAUCAGAGACGGUUAAUUGGAUUAAAGUGAAUACAAAGUAUUGCCCCAAAUGUUAUAAACCAGUGGAGAAGAAUGGAGGAUGCAACCUAGUACGUUGUGUGUGUGGACAACCAUUUUGUUGGCUUUGUGGUGGAGCAACUGGCGUAAGUCACACAUGGAAUAGCAUUGAAGGUCAUACUUGUGGCCGAUAUAAAGAAGACGAAUUGGAGAAUGCUGAGCGUGCGAAAAAGCAACUUUGGCGCUAUUCUCACUAUUAUAAUCAGUUCAAAGCCCACACAGACUCUUUGAAGCUUGAAGCUACUUUGCAGGACAGGUUACAACAAAAAAUUGUGAUCUUGGAAGCAAAGAACCUUGAAUCGAGGGAUUUUAGCUGGGUGACAGAUGGAUUCAAUAGACUUUUCAGAUCAAGGAGGAUUCUCUCCUAUUCUUAUCCUUUUGCAUAUUACAUGUUCGGUGAUGACCUAUUCAAGAAUGCAAUGACACAGAAGGAAAGGGAAAUAAAACAGAACCUUUUCGAGGACCAGCAGCAGCAGCUUCAGGCUAACAUUGAAAAACUUUCAAUGGUUUUGGAACAGCCUUUUGCUGAUUGGGAAGAAAGGGACGUCCUCAAUACCAGACUGCAGAUUAUUGCUCUCUCCACUGUUACCGAUAACCUCUGCAAGAAAUUGUACGAUUGCAUCGAGAGUGAUUUAUUGGCUCCUCUGGAGGAAGCAACUCACAGUAUCGCUCCAUAUAGGUCUAUGGGUGUGGAGAAAGCAUCAGAAUUUCCUUAAAGCUUAACUAGAUGCAAGAUGGAUGAGCAAUGGUACGAAGUUCUUGACUUGCAGCCUUUGGAUUCUUCCCUUAAGGUGAUUGGGCGAGAAGCUCUUGGUGAAUGCUUUUCGCAUAGUAUUUCUAGAUGCAGCUGACACAAUAGAGAGGAGAUGAUACAUUAACAUUCUACUUGGUUUUUGCUCAUAAGUACGGUCAUUGAUGACAUUUUGGCUUAAAAAGGUUCAUUUGCCAAGUGAAUGUCACAAAGGUACUCGCUGAAAGGAAAGGAAAACCAUGGCUGUAUAUGCUUUUUCGCUGCACAUAUCUCCUGACUUCGCCGCCUUUGUCAAUUUUGAUUUCUAGGUCCCUUCCUCGAAUACUUCUGACCUCAUUUUCCGCCUAUGUGUGUAACCUUUCAUGAAGCUUAUAAUCUGGAUAAACAGUAAACCCUAUAUGCUGUAUAUAUAAUAUAUUUCCUUGGUCAGCUACUAACAUAUUGAUCAAUGGUCGUUCUUUCGAGGGUUU